GUGGAGUGGCGCUACGCGCGCGCGUGCCUGGACGUCGCCGACGCGCGCGGCGACGCGACGCGCGAGGGCCUCGUCCGCGAGGGGCUCGAGGCCGCGCGCCGGUCCGCGGCGCUCGCGCCGGCCGACGGCCUGGCGCAAAAGUGGCUGGGCAUCAUGCUCGGCAGCGUCGGCGACUACGAGACGACGAAGGAGAAGCUCGGCAACAGCUACGCGAUCAAGGACGCGCUCGACGUCGCCUGGGCGGCGCGGCCCGACGACGCGACGGUCGCGCUCGCGCUCGGCCAGUGGUGCCUCAAGGUCGCCGGCGUGUCCUUCGUCGAGCGGGGCCUCGCGCGGGCCAUCUUCGGCGGGUCGCCGCCGACGGCGACCUUCGCCGAGGCCCUCGCCUACUUCCAGCGGGCGGACAAGCUCCGGCCCGCGCCGAAGACCAAGGCCCUCAUCAAGCUCGUCCAGAAGAAGAUGAAGUAA